AUGCCGCCCCAGGGCCGGCUUUUAAUCUCAUCUCUUCGUCGCGCUAAUUUCCUUCGCCAUAACCAUAGGCACGCCCUUGGCUUAGAAGCAUGCCGCCAGACCGUUUUCACUGCGCAGGCCGCACGGUCCCUAGCAGGGGCGGCCGCCACUGGCAGUUCAGCGCCUCCGCCGCGUCUGGUUCCUCCUUUCACGGAAGAAACGGCUCUUGCUAAAGUCAAGUUCGCGGAGGCAGCGUGGAACAGCCGCGACCCCGAGCGCGUGGCACUGGCCUACACGCCCGACUCGCAGUGGCGCAAUCGCUGCGAGUUCUUCAGCGGGCGAGAGGAGAUUAAAGCGUUUCUCCGACGCAAGUGGAGCAAGGAGCUGGACUACCGUCUAAUGAAAGAACUAUGGUGCUUCACUGAGAACCGCAUUGCAGUGCGAUUCGAAUAUGAGUGGCAUGACACCACGGGGCAGUGGUGGCGCACGCAUGGAAACGAGCUGUGGGAGUUCACAGCCGAGGGCUUGAUGCAACGCAGAGACAUGUCCGCCAAUGACUACCCGAUUGAGGAGAAGGACAGGCGUUAUCGUUUCGAAAGGUAG